AUGGUGAAGGACGAUGAGAAGCAAAAACAAACAAAGCGAGUACGUUUUGAGGAAAAGUCGAGAAAAAGGGGGAAUACAUUGCCUAAUGGGACGAAAACUAAAAAGCCAGCUCCUAUGAGCCUUAUACCAUCGGAUGAAGAUUCCUCUGACGAUGACGAUUCCUCCCAAGUAGAUGACUACUCCUCUCAAGUAGAUGAUGAUUUAGAUUACUACGAUCAUGAUAAUAGCGGGGGUCGUAAAUGUGAUGUGCGUUUUUUAUCAAUGUCGGGAGUUGAUGUUGGGGAGUGGGAAUUUUCUGCAAAAGCUACAGCAUCUAGGGCCAUCGGUGACCGAUGCCGUUCCGCUCGAAUAAAUCAAUCGAUCUUAAACGGAUUAUUGGAAUACAAACUUAGUGAUGAACAGGUUAAAAACAUCCGGGUGCCUUUUAUACAAUUCGCCGGUACAAGUGGACAAAUGCUGAUCGAAGAUUUGGUAGAAGAUUUUUAUCUUGUUUUUCCUGGACCUAA